GCGCUGGGGUGAUCGGGUCGGACCCACUGGGGACUACAGAUCUCGAAGAAAAAAUCUUGAAAGACGAGAACCGUCCCAUUCAUCUGCUCCAAGUCCCGAAUGGGAUGCCCGUCUAACUGGAGCACGCUUCCCGGCUUCCACCGAGGAGAGAAUGAGCUCGUCUCGGCGUUGACGCCGGAUUCGUCGAUGGGGUCUUGCCGGGGAAUGUGGGAUUGAGUCAUGGACCUGGCUACGAAAGACGACAGAAAUCCCCCCUGGAUCCAGACCCGCGACCAGGAAGCGGGAGAGCAGCAAGCCGGGCCGGUCACCAUGGCGAUGACGGCCGGGACCGCGGCCCCCUUUCCCAUGAGCAACCACACCCGGGAGAGGGUGACCGUGGCCAAGCUCACCUUAGAGAACUUCUACAGCAACCUCAUCCUGCAGCACGAGGAGCGGGAGACCAGGCAGAAGAAACUGGAAGUGGCCAUGGAGGAAGAAGGAUUGGCCGAUGAAGAGAAAAAGCUGCGUCGGUCUCAGCACGCCCGGAAGGAGACCGAGUUCCUCCGCCUCAAACGGACCCGCCUCGGCUUGGACGACUUCGAAUCCCUGAAAGUCAUAGGGAGGGGGGCCUUCGGAGAGGUGCGCCUCGUCCAAAAAAAAGACACAGGUCAUAUCUAUGCAAUGAAGAUACUGAGAAAGGCCGACAUGCUGGAGAAGGAGCAGGUAGCCCACAUCCGAGCGGAACGAGAUAUUCUGGUAGAAGCAGACGGCGCCUGGGUGGUGAAGAUGUUUUACAGUUUCCAAGAUAAAAGGAAUCUUUACCUGAUCAUGGAGUUUCUCCCAGGAGGCGACAUGAUGACUCUCCUCAUGAAGAAGGACACCCUGAAGGAAGAGGAAACUCAGUUCUACAUUUCCGAGACCGUGUUGGCUAUCGACGCCAUCCAUCAGCUGGGGUUCAUCCAUCGAGACAUCAAACCCGACAACCUGUUGCUGGACGCCAAGGGUCACGUAAAACUGUCCGAUUUCGGCCUCUGCACGGGUUUGAAGAAGGCCCACAGGACUGAAUUCUACAGGAACCUAACGCAUAAUCCGCCAAGCGAUUUCUCCUUUCAGAACAUGAACUCAAAGAGGAAAGCAGAAACCUGGAAGAAGAACAGGCGACAACUGGCCUACUCUACCGUGGGGACCCCGGAUUACAUCGCUCCGGAAGUCUUCAUGCAGACGGGGUACAACAAGCUCUGCGACUGGUGGUCGUUGGGAGUGAUUAUGUAUGAGAUGCUAAUAGGGUACCCCCCCUUCUGCUCGGAGACGCCCCAAGAGACGUAUCGGAAAGUGAUGAACUGGAAAGAGACCCUGGUCUUCCCCCCGGAGGUGCCUAUCUCUGAGAAAGCUAAAGAUCUCAUUCUAAGAUUUUGCGUUGAUUCAGAAAAUAGAAUUGGAAGCAGUGGAGUGGAAGAAAUAAAAGGCCAUCCGUUCUUCGAAGGCGUAGACUGGGGGCACAUCAGGGAAAGACCAGCCGCCAUUCCCAUAGAAAUCAAAAGCAUCGAUGACACCUCGAACUUCGAUGAGUUUCCCGAAUCUGAUAUUUUACAGCCUGUGCCGAACAGCACAGAACCGGACUACAAAUCUAAAGACUGGGUUUUCCUCAACUACACGUACAAGAGGUUCGAAGGGCUGACGCAGCGCGGCUCCAUCCCCUCCUACAUGAAAUCCGGGAAGCUCUGAAGGGCUCGGGAAGAACUCGGGACUCAGGUAGCCGGUGGCGGCCCCGGGCCUCGCUCGGCCCGCGUAGGGAGACACUGAACCGGCCCCGGAGACUGUACUCGGCGGCUUCCGCGAGAAAUUCUGCGGGCCUAGGGUUUCGAAGACUACUACGGGAAUUAGUUGGCAGUGCCAGCUGGCUUCUUUUUGGUUUUUUUUUUCCUUUUUUUUUUUUUUUAAUAUUUGACUAUUUUUGUUAACUUUAUUAGACAGAGGUACUGGAAUAAAAGCACCGUAGACAUCCCUUCGUAUCUGCGCUGCCUACGCACUUAUUAAGGUCCUCCCCCGCCUCCGUAUACCGUGGCUUCGUACUGUAACCGUUCCGAUGGGCCCGGGAGAACCCGCGUCCUCGGCUGAGCCGUAAGCAGCGACGCAGGACCGUUAUUUUACCGCUGACCUCGUGGGUCUAGAUAAUCGAUAGAAAAGCCAUUUCCCAGAGAUCCCGUUAGAACGUUUUCCCCUCCCGGUUUGGACCUCCCCAGAAGAAGACCGUUUCCCGAGCGCCGUGAGUCGACGUAGGAGAGGCUGCCCUUCGGAAACCGAACGGGUCGACCGUUGAGCGGCGAGGUAUUCCGUCGACUCCUACCGAGAGGGGGACGGGAAGCAGAAACUCCACCGCGUCCGUUUAAUCGCCGACACUAAUAGAUCGACUCUGUAUUUAGAGUUCCCAGCCGCCGAUCCGUGUGCCCGACCCGCGUAAUCCUGGGGAGACGUACCGUAUUAUGUAAAAUCGCAUCCCUUAGAGCGGAAGGGGUCUCCGGUGGGUUUCCCGGAGACCGUGGCGUCAUUUCGUUCCGGCGCGUCGGGAACCGGUGGGCUGGGUGGCGGGGGGGAUGACGAUCGAAGGCCGCUUGUAGAACUGGCGUAUUUUUAUUAAACUAUUUUUUUAAAAGA